GGUGACCCUGUACAUAGCAGGGGGUUGGAACUCGAUUGUGUCCUUUUCAACCCAGGCCAUUCUGUGAGUAGGUGACUUUCACAGCCCCUGCCAGAAGCACUCAGCCUCUCCACACCCAGGAGGGAGCAGCUGUACAAUAGCACAGACAUCCUCGCCGGGGCAUCCAGAGAAGCUCUUCUCUGUGCUCGGAGGUGUUUCGGGGAAUUUCAGCUGGGCUCAAACCCACGGGGUCUGUCCCCCCUGGGCAUGCCCUGUGAAGUCAGAAAAGGCAUCAUUUGGCAUUCACAACUGUGAGCUGUUAUGACAUUAGAACCUACUGUCCUACUUAGCCGGAGAGGUGUGCAGCAGUGCAGUCCUGCGAGGAUUGCAGAGCAGGCAAGUGGGGAAGAGGUGCUCGUGUCCUGAGAGGAGAGCGAGCUGUUCCCUGUGUCUGUGAGAGGAGUGAAGGUGCCAAAAUGCUGGCCCAACUGGGCAGGUGGGUGCAGCUGGACCCAGAAUGUGGGGAGGGGAAGACAGAAGCACCGUAUGCUGCCAGGCUUUCUCCAGCUGGGUGGCCCUAAAUCCCCUUCCAUGGGCACAGCCCUGCUCCUUCUCUGGGGAGAGCCAGAUGGGGCUGGGCUGCUGCUCCUGUGGCACAGCAGAGCCCUUCGCUCUCAUGUGUACCACGGGUGCUAUGGCACUGGCUGGCUCUUGCUAAAGGGCCCUGGGAAUUACAUCUCUGCUGGGCAGAGGAACAUGGUGGCAGCCGUCUGCUAAAAGGAUCCCAGAAGAUCGUGUCCCAGUGCUGGGCCUUGAUAACCACUGUCUGAUCUCUCCCUUAGCCAACACGCUGCCAAAGAGAGGGGAAGGAGGACUCCCAUCCUGCUUCUAGCAGUCCUUUCUGGUGACUGUUCCCCAGCCAAAGCCAUCCCAGCAGAGCGGGAGAGCAGGACUGUCCCACAUGGCAUGUCCCCGCUAGGUCUGGAGGAGGAAAAUGGGGCUGUGGGGCUCAGAGCAGUCUGAGCAAACUAAUGGUCUCUCCCUACUGAUGUCCCCCACAGCUGGAGCCUUCCUCUGGAUUUUGGCUUGGUGAAAUGACAUCCCGCGGGUCAGUGCCAUGGUGUGCAGCAAAGGCCAAGCUCUGCUCUUCUGCCUCUGUGGAGACAGGGAGGUUGGUCACCGGCGGGCCCUCGAGCCAGGCUGGGGGGCACCUUGGCAGUAGGAUGGGCUUCGGUGUGGAAGCAUCUUCCCAGUGCCCAGCAUGGAGCUCGGGCUGAAGGAAGCAGCGUGUGGUAAGAAGGGACCUUUGCCCAUCUGUGGCACUGGGGAGUCUGGAGGGGAUGGGAAAGCAAACAAUGAAGCAGCAGAUGCUCUGCAGCACAGGGAAGGCUUAAGAGCCUGACUUCGGGCAGAGUCCUCUGCAAACUGUUGGGAAGCAGCAGGAAAUUCUGCCAGCGGUUCCCUGGGAAGCUCCUUUGGAAGCUCUGGCCAUGCUCCUUGUGCAUCCCAUUGAAUGCCUUUCUCUUCCAGAUGGCAUCAGCAGGACCUUUUGGGAGCAUGAGCUCCUGUCUCUGGGGAACUCACUGGUUUGGCUGGAGGGGAAGAGGCAGGAGCUGAACGUGAAAACUACUCAGGUGUCAGCCAGGAAGGACCUCAUUCUCCAAUCAGUGUUUGAUGUCCUCAGAGAGAAUGGGGUCCACGGAUUGAAGAGAGAGGAAAUUCUGCAGUUGACACAGCAUGCAAUUGAGAAAGUCAUGGAAAACAGUGUCUGGAUGCCCAACUGGGCUCUGGAAACCAUAGGUGCCACUGUUGAUGCAGAGAGGACAUCCAAGAGCUGUGGUGGGAAAGGCUGGAAGAACCAUUGGCUUUCUCCACUCUUUUCCACCACAAAGCCUCCCAAGACACUCUUGCAGCACGAUAUUUCUCCUGGCAACUGCUGGGCUUUCCAAGGAUCUCGGGGCCACGUGGUCAUCCGGCUGCCGGAGAAAAUACGUCCCAUGGCGUUCACCAUCUGGCACAUCUCCAAGGCGGUCUCUCCCUCGGGGGAAGUCAGCAGUGCCCCCAAAGACUUUGCUGUCUUGGGAGUGGAUGAGGCCGAAGGUGAAACUCUCCUGGGGUUAUUUGUUUAUGACGUGUACAGAGAGAUCGCCCAGGCCUUCCACGUGCAGGUAUGGCAAGUGCAUGCGGCAGGCUGCCAGGGAGGAAGGCCGGGCUGCCUGCUAGUCCUGGGACAAAAGGGUUUGCCUGAUCAGCCGGGCCUUCCUCUGCUCUCCAACGUGGCCGACUCCUGCGGGGCAGACAGACAAGGUAGCCGUCCCACCUUUGGUAGCAAUUCUUCCUGCUAGAGCAGAGAGAGCAGCAGCGGGAAGGCAGUGCAGGAGGGAAACUGUCCGACCCCUGCGGGUGUGGAGGGACGAUUGCUGGUGGGAGGGAGGAGUGCAGCUGCCUUCCCCCAUCAGCAGCGCCAUCCUGGCAUCCCACGGCAGCCCAAGGAACGGAGCAGAGCAAGCCACGGUUCGGCAGCUGGCAAAGGGAGCUGUGCAGAUGUGCCGUGGCUCUUCCCAUGUGCAUCAUGAAGCCUCUCCUAUUUGUGUUGUCAGGAGGAGCCCUGCAAAGCCUUCGGCCGUGUCAAAUUGGAGGUGCGGAGCAACUGGAGAAACGCAGAACAUACCUGCGUGUACUGAGUGGAA